AUGGCUCUCAAGGAUUACCUGCAGCAGCAUAAUGUUGUGGACAUGAUCAAGCAGUCUGCUCCCGUGGACGUCUCUGCCCCAUACAAUCCUGACAAUGUCUCGGGCAACACUGUCGUCAUCACGGGCGGAGCAUCGGGUUUCGGCGCAGCCUUUGCACGGCGCUGGGCGAGCCACGGCGCCAACGUGAUUAUCGGAGACAUCAACGACACAGGCGGACAGAAGCUCGUUGCCGAGCUGCGAGCGUCGACCGGGUCGCAGGAUCACCAUUACCAGCACUGCGAUGUUAGGGACUGGCAGUCUCAGGUGUCCCUUUUCCAAGCUGCCGCCCGGUUGAGUGUCAGCGGGGGCAUAGAUGCCGUCGUGGCCAACGCGGGCAUCAGGGACAUGACGCCGGCCGCCACCGGGUUGGGUUUUGAGAACCCAUACGGUCUGGACAUAGAGAGACCGCCUCCGCCGGAACUCAAGGUCCUCGACGUGAACCUGACCGGGGUCAUGUACACGACGCACCUCGCCCUGUUCUGGCUGGCCUGGAACGACCCGGCUCGAGACCGACAUCUGCUGCUGCUCGGCUCCGUCGCCAGCUUCCUUCCCCUCAGCGGCCAGGUCCUGUAUGGCACCUCCAAGCAUGCGGUCAUGGGCCUCUUCCGGACGCUGCGGGGCUCAUCGUGGAGGCAGGGCGUCCGCAUCAACAUGGUAUGCCCCUACUUUGCCGACACCGCGAUCGUACCGAAUUCUGGGCACAGCCUCGUGGCCGGGUGCGGUCUAGCAGCCGUCCCGGACGUUGUGGACGCCGCCACACGCCUGAUGGCCGACAAGAGCAUCGUCGGCAGGGCGCUGGUCAUUGGUCCGCGCUUGAGGAUCCAGGAAGGGCGGGAAGGAGAAGUCGGGCUCGUAGCACCGGGUACUGCGGAGGACGGCAAGCCGAUCUGGGAGUGCUACGCGCACGACUAUGAGAGCGUGGAGAUAUUUUCCAAGCAAUACCUCCGGCUCCUCAACACUUUGGUUUGGAUGAGAGGGUGGGCUGGCUGGUUCAAGGACAUGGCAAGGAUCUGGGUCUGGAAGAAGGAUCGAACGGCGUAG